GUACGGAAUUUGAAUAGCAAAAUCUUGAUUGGUUUGUGUAUAAAUAGUACCGAUGCAAAUCUUUAUUUCUCAUCUUUCGUCCAACACUCCAAAUAUACUUUCGAAUCCUGCAAGGCCAGCCAACAUGGGGUUUUCACCACUGUCCCUCUCUCAAUUUCUCUCUUCCAUUCUGUUUCUCUUCCAUUUUCACACAACAAUUUCUUCAUCAAAUUACUCCUCUUCAUCUCAUUUCUGUGCUCCUGACCAAAGCCUUUCUUUGCUCCAGUUCAAAGAGUCCUUUUCCAUUAGUAGCUCUGCUUCAGGGCGUUGCCAGCAUCCCAAGACAGAGUCGUGGAAAGAGGGUACAGACUGCUGCUUGUGGGAUGGGGUCUCUUGUGACCUGAAAACCGGGCAUGUCACUGCACUGGACCUCUCUUGCAGCAUGCUUUAUGGCACCCUCCAUCCCAAUAGCACCCUCUUCUCCCUGCAUCAUCUUCAAAAGCUCGACCUCUCUGACAAUGAUUUCAAUAGCUCCCAUAUUUCUUCUCGAUUUGGCCAGUUCUCCAACCUGACACAUCUUAACCUAAACUACUCAGUCUUUGCAGGUCAAGUUCCGUCGGAAAUCUCUCAUCUCUCCAAAUUGGUUUCACUUGAUCUCUCUGGAGACUUAAACGACUAUCUAAGUCUAGAACCAAUUUCUUUUGACAAGCUUGUUCGAAAUCUAACCCAGCUUAGAGAACUCGAUCUGAGUUCAGUAGACAUGUCAUUGGUUACACCCAAUUCCUUGAUGAAUCUGUCUUCUUCUUUGUCAUCACUCAUACUCCGUUCCUGUGGAUUGCAAGGAGAAUUCCCAUCCUCAAUGAGAAAAUUUAAGCACCUCCAGCAGCUGGAUCUUGCAGAUAACAAUCUUACAGGUCCAAUUCCAUAUGAUCUUGAGCAACUCACUGAGUUGGUUUCACUUGCUCUCUCUGGAAACGAAAACGACUAUCCAAGUCUAGAACCAAUUUCUUUUGACAAGUAUGUUCAAAAUCUAACCCAGCUUAGAGAACUCUAUCUGAAGUGGGUGGACAUGUCAUUGGUUGUGCCCAAUUCCUUGAUGAAUCUGUCUUCUUCUUUGUCAUCACUCACAGUCUAUUCAUGUGGAUUGCAAGGAAAAUUCCCAUCCUCAGUGAGAAAAUUUAAGCACCUCCAGCUGUUAGAUCUUAGAUUUAGCAAUCUUACAGGUUCAAUUCCAGAUGAUCUUGGGCAACUCACUGAGUUGGUUUCAAUUGAUCUCUCUUUCAAUGACUAUUUGAGUGUAGAACCAAGUUCUUUUGACAAGAUUAUUCAAAACCUAACCAAGCUAAGAAAUCUCCGUUUGGGUAGUGUAAAUAUGUCUUUGGUCACACCUAAUUCCUUGGCGAAUCUGUCCUCAUCCUUGUCAGCUCUUGGCCUUUGGGAGUGUAGAUUGAAAGGGAAGUUUCCAGUCUUAAACCUUUCAAAUAACCUGCUUGAGGGCCCGUACCCGGUGGAAACCAGUUCAACACGUUCAAUGCAAGCUCAUUUGAAGGAAACUUGGACUUAUGUGGAUUUCCAAUGCCAAAAGAAUGCAAUAGUGACGAGGCACCACCAUCGCAGCCGUCAAACUUUCACGAUGGAGAUGAUUCAAAAUUCUUUGGAGAAGGAUUUGGAUGGAAAGCUGUGGCAAUAGGGUAUGGAAGUGGGUUUGUGUUUGGAGUCACAAUGGGAUACGUUGUGUUCAGAACAAGAAAACCAGCAUGGUUUCUGAAAGUGGUUGAAGAUCAAUGGAAUCUGAAGGCAAGAAGAACGAAGAAGAAUGCUCGUAGAAAUGGUGCAAGAAGAAACUAAACAACGCAGCUAGUAACAUGAAUGAAGUUUCGAAUAAACAUCCUCGCUACCUUAUGAGAUACCAAGCUAAGUUGACAUGAGAAGAACGCUAGAGUGGCAGAUUCAGAGAACUGGAUUCCUCUUUCGUACUUCUUCGGUUUUCCUUCAUGGUUGUGUUUUAUUUUAUUUUAUUUUCUUUAGUUUAUUCGAUACAUGGAAUAUUUUCGAGUCACUUAAUAUGUGUGUUUUUUAUUUUAUUUUUUUGGUUAGUUUUGAUGCAAGGUUUGGGUGUUACAUCUAUAAAAAUGAAGCGAUGCAUGCA